CCUGGGCGGGCUAUUUCUCAGUGAGGCGGCGGCUACUGGGGGACCGGGGCCUUUUGUUUAGAGCAGCUGUGGGGGGCGGGGGCCCCCGGGAGAGGCGAGGCCGGCGGCCUUCCCCAGCUCGCUGGGUCCUGGCCACCCCUCUAGGGGGUUGGGGGACCAACCCCUGGGCCGGCCUCGCCUCGGGCGCUGCCGUCCCGCCCUAGGCCCGCCCUGCCCGCCCCGCCCGGCUAGCUGAAGGGGUGGAACCGGCCGGGCCUCCUCGCAGGGCCUAGCCACCUCCGGAGUCGCUGCUGCCGUCGCCGCCGUCACCACCCUCCGUGCACCGAACACAGGCUGCCCCUCGCCCCUCAGGCCGUCGCCAUGAAGAUCAAGGACGCCAAGAAACCCUCUUUCCCAUGGUUUGGCAUGGACAUCGGGGGAACGCUAGUAAAGCUCUCAUAUUUUGAGCCUAUUGACAUCACAGCCGAGGAAGAACAAGAAGAAGUUGAGAGCCUGAAAAGUAUCCGGAAAUAUUUGACUUCUAAUGUAGCAUAUGGAUCCACUGGCAUUCGGGAUGUGCACCUUGAACUGAAGGAUUUAACACUCUUUGGCCGGAGAGGGAACCUGCACUUUAUCAGAUUUCCAACCCAGGACCUGCCUACUUUUAUUCAAAUGGGACGAGAUAAAAACUUCUCAACCUUACACACGGUGCUCUGUGCUACAGGAGGUGGUGCUUACAAGUUUGAAGAAGAUUUUCGCACAAUUGGAAACCUCCACCUGCACAAACUGGAUGAACUUGACUGUCUUGUGAAGGGCUUGCUGUAUAUAGAUUCUGUCAGUUUCAAUGGACAAGCAGAGUGCUAUUAUUUUGCUAAUGCCUCAGAACCUGAGCAAUGCCAAAAGAUGCCUUUUAACCUGGACGACCCCUACCCACUGCUGGUGGUCAACAUUGGCUCGGGAGUCAGCGUCUUAGCGGUGCACUCCAAAGACAGCUACAAACGAGUGACCGGCACAAGCCUUGGAGGGGGCACCUUUCUGGGCUUAUGCAGUUUACUGACCGGCUGUGAGAGCUUUGAAGAGGCGCUUGAAAUGGCGUCCAAAGGUGACAGCACCCACGCCGACAAGCUGGUCCGUGACAUUUAUGGAGGGGAUUAUGAAAGAUUCGGUCUGCCAGGUUGGGCUGUAGCAUCUAGUUUUGGCAACAUGAUUUACAAGGAGAAGCGCGAAUCUGUUAGUAAAGAAGAUCUAGCAAGAGCUACUUUAGUUACCAUCACCAAUAAUAUCGGUUCUGUGGCACGAAUGUGUGCUGUUAAUGAGAAAAUAAACAGAGUUGUCUUUGUUGGAAACUUCUUACGAGUCAAUACUCUCUCGAUGAAGCUUCUGGCGUAUGCACUGGAUUAUUGGUCGAAAGGACAACUGAAAGCAUUGUUUCUAGAGCAUGAGGGGUACUUCGGAGCAGUUGGUGCACUUCUUGGGCUGCCGAAUUUCAGCUAAAGCAUCGGGUUUCUGUCUGCUAAUGUCACCCAGGAGGAACUGAAAACCAGAGGCAUUUUACUGUGUUAUUUGUCACUGGGAACCAAAGGAUGAAAGAGUAGCACUAUUUCUGUUAAUUUUUAAAUGUCAAAACAGUAAGCUGCUAAAUGUUGCCAUAUUACAGCGAGAACUGGGUAACAGGUGAAGUGUUUCCAACUGAAAUGCUUUCCCUUCUGUACAUAGCCAGUGUUAAAUCCUUAAAUGCAAUACAGCCUCUGAUUACUGAGCUUCUCUCAAACAGAUUUUCUAUUUUAUGUAGCCAACAUUGCGGUACUGUACGCUCAAACACAAAUCUUUAAAGUCUCAGACGUGUUUAGCUCAUGAAAAUAAUUAAUUCUGAGUACGUGUUACAAGUCUGUUCUAUGUGUGCUUUGGUUACUGGUAAGCAGACAGUAACGUACCCUGUAUCAAAAUUAAUUGAAAUGGCAAUCAAAGAUGAUCAUUUUUAUGUGAUUUUGGAAAUGUUAAGGGAAUAUUGAUUAUUCAUUAUCAUAGUUUUCCUAACAUGCCCCCACCAAAAUCAUGUUUUUACCUUUUCCCAGAAGUACUUUUACAAAUGCCAUAAUUUAAUUGAAAUACUGUUCUUAAAUAGUAGUCUUAAUUUCCAACAGAUAUUAGAAAAUGCACAUAUUUGGUGGCAUUGCCUGUAUUUUACUUCCUGUAUUUUACUAGUUAGUCAGUAUAUUUUAAAAUGCUUAAAACUUUUUCAUUGGAGACUUGAUUCCUUAUUUGAAAGUCUACUUGACGAGGCCCGGGGCCCGGGGCCUGCUCUGGUGGAGUGUGGUCUGCGUGCAUCGGGAGAGGUCUUUCCACACCGCGAGUGUGUCAGGCCCCAACUCAGUGCUUUCUGUUUAAUCAGGUCUGAACCAUGAGAGCUAAAGACUCAUUUCUGUUGUGAAUAGCAGCGAAAUCACAUGUAUUCUAAAUUAAUGGUAUGGAAAUCCAAGAGUUAUUUUGAAACUCUGGAACUCUGACAGUACUGCAGAAUUAUGAACGAAUCAGUGUUUUGUACAUUCUGGUAAUGAAAGAACUAUAGUUCCAAAAUUUAUAAAUCUCUCUGCCUUAGAAUUUGUUCUCUAUUUUGAAUUACUUUUUAUACUGUUAUAAAUUUUCCCAGAUUUUCACUUUGGUAGGUCAGCAAAGUUGUGAAACUGCUUCUCAUGGUUUACGAGAUAGGGAGGCUUAGGAGAACUAUUCACUUCCUCAAGUUAUCAGUAAAGCGGAAUGUGCUCUGCGGAGCGCGAACGUUGUUUACAUCACGGGAAGAAGUAUGGGAUGUGUGUUCUCACAGAGUCCGGCUGUGCUCCGCAGAGGACAGUUUCCAGGGCACUGUCAAGAGGUGCUUCAUGAAGACAUUCCUCCUCAGCGUCUCUAAAAUCUGUGCUCAACUACUUAAAAUUUAGUUUUUUCUACCUAAGGACAUUAACAUGAAUAAUAGGGGUGAAUGUGUAGGGAGGAAAGGACGUCCAUGUCGGUUUUUAGAGUUUAGAAUAUUUAGAACUUUGAAUUCAUGUCAGUCGGCAGUCACUUUGAAAACCUACUGCUAAACAUUAAUAUUUCCAUUGUAGCGACCAGAUCAUUUCAGCCAAACAUCAUCUGUUCAGUUUACUGUAAAAUGUUAUGAUCUGGGCACCUGCACAAAAGGUUUCUUUUGAAGGACCGUGACUUCUCGGCCCGCUGGACCGGCGUGGCUCCGUGUGGGGCUGGGUGCAGACUUCUGUCCCCAGGAACCGCGGCCCUCCGCUCGGACACCCGCGCAGCGAAUGCUGCCUCGGCCCGCUCGCACCUGGCUCUUCCCGGGCGUGCUCUGGAAUUAGGGCGGAGGCUGCCCAGAGCCCAGUUUUGGAUUCUGAUCUCCAGGGGUUCCCUGAGAGAACACGGUGGUGACUGGGUUCGGUUCCGAUCCCAGUCAGUGCAGUGCCUCAAGGCUCUGUUCUUGGACGGUGCUGGUGGAAGUGCGGUGUGAGCCACGCGUGAUUUCACACUUAACAUUACAGAGACAGGUGAAAUGCAUUUUCAUUAUAUAUUUCUAUUUAAUUCAGUAUACCCGGUAUGUUAUUUCAACAUGUAAUCAAUAUUAAAAGUUGUCUAGGAGAUAUUUUACUUUUUUUUGUACUUAGUCUUCAAAACCAGUUUGUAUUUUAAUACUUACAGCACAUCUCAAUUGAGACCAACCACCAAGUUCAAGCUCUCAGGGGCCACAUUUGGGCAGUGGCUCCUGUGUUCGUGCCAUUUUACAGCUAGCUCUUCAAAAGGAACACCAUCACGGGUCCAUGAAAACUUCACGAAUGGGCUUUUAAAAGCAUGUUUGAGAGGGGGGAUAUAUGGGAAACUUGUCUUUUAAAAAGAGAAAGGGGGUAGGAAGUAGCUUGUUUGGACUAGUUCACUUUACACAGACAAGCUAUAUUUCUUUUUUUUUUUUAAUAUUUUAUUAUUUAUUUUUAGAGAGAGGGGAAGGAGAAGGAGAGGGAGAGAAACAUCAAUGUGUGGUUUAGCCUCUCUCGCACCCCCUACUGGGGGCCCGCAAUCCAGGCAUGUGCCCUGACUGGGAAUCGAACCCGCAACCCUUUGGUUUGCAGGCUGGUGUUCAGUCCACUGAGCCAUACCAGCCAGUGCAUGUAUUUCUGACCAUUCCAAAAAACUUUAUGUUGCAUCCUGGUGGCAUUGUUGAUACAUCUCAGCCUUCCAGCGACAACAAUAAAGUUGCCCAGGACACGUUCUGUCUGCCCUCAGCAGUCUCCAGAAUGCACAUUCCCUUCGCUGAAGCACAUUGGAUGAUGCCAGUGACUUCAGUUUGGCCCCGCAUUACCUAAUUUAAUUUUGAGAAGCCAGUCUUAAGGGAUUAAAAAGAAGCCCUAUUCAUUCUUUGUGGAGCUAUGUACACAAAAGAAAACCUUGAAUUUUUGGAUUUAAUUUUCAUUCUUAAGAACUCAGAUAACAUUUCUCAAAUGGAGAAAGCAGUAUCAAUUGUUUUGAGGCUUAGUAAAGGACACAAUGUCUAGAACUUUCCACCAUCGAAACCACCCCUCAGGAAAGACAGCCUUUUAACUAGAGACUUCAGAACUAAUGGCUUUCAGGUCUACACCCGACUUCUCCAAAAACAGAGUAUCAGUGGACGUGCCCGCCUUUUGACACGGGCAGUUCCUUGGUCAGAUGCUCCAACUUAAAUACGUGGACCCUCAGUUUAGGAAAGUCAGUGCCAUUGCCAACGCCACACGUGGUAACACAAUCCUUUCAAGAGGUUCGGAAUAUUUGCCAAAUGUUAGGCUCUGCAAAGGUUGCUGAGUUUCUUGCCUUGGCGUGCGGGUGUGAUUGCCGGACUGUACGUCCUGGCUCCCGAAAGUUUAUUUUCUGUGAGCCCAGUGGUGCGGCCAAGAGGGAGGGUGGCCCUCCGUCCGGCGGUGCUCUUGCCCUGACUGCUAAGGCUGCGUUCGCGGGUGGAAUGCUGCGCGAGGCGAGUGCUUCCCAGUGUCCUCUGGAACCACUGUUGGUGAUGGGAAAUUUUUCAUAUUUUAUCAUUUGGGGUGGGGGGAGAAUUGAGCACUUAAUGCUCUUCAAUCUGUUGCAUUUGAGAAUGUAGUUUAGAAAUUCUCCUUUAAAGCCAUGUCAAUACUGAAACAAUAACCACCAGAAAAAUAAGUGUGCAUUAUUUUUUAUUUCACUUUCUGUUUUGUAGUGUAUAUAAACAAAGUAUUAGAAAUAUAUUGCCUUUUGUAAUAAUACUCUUUGACCUGUUGGAGAUGGUUUGCCAUAAAACGUCAGCAGUGGCCUGUUUGCCCUAUAAGUUGGUUUAUUUUAAUGCUUUAUUAUAAUACUGAAGGAAUUUGGCCAACUUUGUUUCUAUCGUCAGAUAAUCUCACAAAAUAAUGUGCUUUAUGCUACCACCUAUUUUCAAUAUUUUAGGCACUAGUUGUCUUACAUUUUCUACUGAGCCUGGUAAUCGGCAACGACCCAAAUAAGUGUGUUUUUUUUCUUCCUUUAAAGUAUUUUAAUUGCCUAUCUUUAAAAAUUGUGUUGCAGAAAGCAACUCAGCCCAGCUUUUCAGCCAUAUCUAACUUUUGAGGAAUGCCCACUUUGAAAAGUGCAGAUGUCUUGGUAGCCUGUGACUUCUGGUGUCCGCCUGUGUGUUCAGUAGACUUGGGGUCAGAACUUGGUCUUGUGCUAGAAAUGGCACCCGUCACUGGUCUAGCUUUGCUGAAUGUUAUUUCCUUUCCUUGGAAAAAGAGGACGUUGGUUUGUUACAAUGGGAUUGUCAGUUAUCAGGUUCCUGGGGAAGACAGUUACUUGCUUCGUUUGUGGCAGCAACUAAAAUAGUCUGAUCACAUAUCACCAUCAUGUGUUAGCAUCAUUAAUUUCAUUUGUUCAUGUUGAUUGGCACUAGAUUUUGAAUUCCCACCAAACCAGUAGAGUGGUGUCAGUUAUUUCUCACCGUGUUAAGUUAUUGCCUGUAAUGGCCAAGUAGACAGAUCUUAAAGCAAUAUGAAGGGAUAUGUGUAUGUUCCAGUGUGUGUGUGUGUGCGCGCACUUUAAUCUGUACAAUUAUCUGGGAUUUUCAUUAUGCUGACUUCAAAACUGUGUGGGCAUUAUAACUUUAUGUACAUUCCAGCUCUUUCUGCAGUCAAAGGUUAGUUUUCUUACACAUUUUCAGCUGCCACUAAUUUUGUUUUUAAAAGAACUAAUGAGGAUUGUACUUUUCAAAGGAGUAAAUGAAAUUAAAAAUUAAGAUUUUGGAUUAUAUACGUAUGCAACUACAUUUUAGUUCUGAGAUAGUGCUUUUUUUUUUUUUUUUUUUUGCUGUUAACAUCUCUCACACAUUGCAGUGCUCACAGUUCGGUAGCUUCUCAAAGGAAGCCUCAGCUUGGACGUAACGCGUACAGGACAAGUGAGGACUGCGGGCAGGUGGUGACCGCUUAGCCCUCCGCCCCGUCUCCGCACUGGGUGGUGGUUUUGCCUUUCACCUGGCAGUCAGUAGUUGUCACUGGCACUAUGCCAUUUUAAAAUUUGCCACUUUUUUUUUUACAAGGUACCCUUUUUAGUUUAUAACAUUUAGAAUGAAAGGUAACUUUAUGCACCUGACAUCAGUUGACUAGUCUCCUUGUCCAGAUACAAUGAGUGGAGGUAGAUGUAAAUCAUGUUGAGAUGGUUUUAUCAUUUUUAUACAUUGUGUGCUUUCCCUUUUUUUUUACUUUUUAACAAGUUCAUUUGUCUUAAUUCUGCCCAGUCACUGACCAAACCAUACGCAGGUGUCUGUGUGGGUUGAGUUUGCUUACACAAGCCACUUCUGUGUAAGCUGCCUUACUCUGCCACAUCGUCGUCCCGUCUGACCUGGCCGUGUCGCGUCGGGGCCCUGGCGCCGACCUCUGAUGUAAAGAUGUAUGAUGUGUAACAAACUAAGUUAUAGCCUGUUGUAACCUAUGGAACAUUUCGUGUAAAUUGUCUAAUUUAUUUUUUCAUUUAUGUACAGUUUCUUAUGUAAAUUUUUAAAAUACCUGUGGCCUGUUCCGGAAACAUCUCCUACUCCUUAAUAUGCUGCUUUGCAUGAAAGACACUUGGGUUUUGCUGGUUCGCAUCGUCUGGCCCCUGAGCCAGCCUCAGUCUCUGCCUUCUUUUCUGUAGUUUAAUAACUUUUUCUAGUGUUGUUCAUACUCUGAGUCAAUGUUAAAGUCCUGCUUAUUUCCUACUUUCCAAAUAAAUUCUCUAAGUUGUUUA